AGCCGGAAGCAGGAGCUUUAAGUAGUGGGUGGGGCGUAUUCAGUUAUAUUUCCUUCGCGGGAGCCGCUGGGGCUGUUUGGACUGGAGGGAGGGGCAGUGAAGGGAAGGUGUUUGCGGUGCCCGUUGUGUUGUGUGUGUGUGUGUGUGUGUGUUCGUGUUCUGAGGUGAAAGAACAGAUCAUGGGCUGCUUCUUCUCCAAGAGGCGGAAGCAGGCCAAAGAGGCAAAGGCUGGCGCGGAGAGCGGAGAUCGGAAUGGCUCUCUGUCCGCCGAGGCCGACAAACAGCCACAGUAUAGUUGGGACCAGCGAGCCAAGAUUGAUCCAAAAGAUUACAUGUUUUCUGGACUCAAGAAUGAAACAGUUGGACGUUUACCUGGGAAAGUUGCAGGGCAACAGUUUGUCAUUCAGGACUGUGAGAAUUGCAAUAUUUAUAUAUUUGAUCAUUCUGCUACAAUCACUGUUGACGACUGUAUAAACUGCCAAAUUUUUCUAGGACCUGUAAAAGGCAGUGUGUUUUUGCGUGACUGCAAAGACUGUAAGUGUGUUGUGGCAUGCCAACAGUUUCGUACUCGAGACUGCCGAAAGAUAGAAAUAUUUCUGUGCUGUACCACCCAGCCCAUUAUUGAAUCUUCUACAGGUAUGAAAUUUGGAUGUUUCCAAUACUAUUAUCCAGAGCUGGCUUUGCAGUUGAAAGAUGCUGGGCUAAGCAUCUUUAACAACACAUGGAGCAAUAUCCAUGACUUCACACCAGUUUCAGAAGAAAAUAAUUGGGGUCUUCUAGCUGAGGAUGCUUUAGUUCAAGACUAUGUACCGUUGCCGACUACUGAAGAAUUAAAAGCCGUGAGGGUUUCAGCUGAUGCCAGCAAGAGCAUAAUUCCAAUAACCCUGGGAGGACGCCAAAAAAAAAGUGAGGAAUCUUGCUUUGUAGUGUUCUUUGCUGGAGACUAUACAACUGCCAAUGCAAGGAAGUUAAUUGAUGAGAUGACUGGCAAAGGCUUUUGGCUGAUACAGACAAAAGAGAUUUCAAUGAAAGCUGAUGAUGCUCAACGAGUGUUCCAGCAAAGAGCAUUUGAAUUCACCCCUUUACUUGACAAAGGUCCUGUUGUUGCUUUAGAGUUUAAUGGAGAUGGUUCUAUAGCAGCCUGUCAAGACAUUGUUGUCAAUGUCUUUAGUGGAGCUCAGGUUUUUGUAUCUGAGGACAAGUUGUCUGCUUCAAGAGAAAUAGAGAGUUUCUAUAAUUUUGCUGAUAUGCAGAUGGGAAUGUGAAAGAAACAAAAGCACCUUACUGAAAAAUAUCUAAUAGUUGAGUCAAGCAUUAGGUUUGUACAACACUCUGAAUUAAGUGAAUUUUUUUUAACCUUUUUUGCCUUUUCCUUUUAAUACUGAUUUUUCAGUAAAACUAUAAAAUUUAAGAAACUCUAAUCGCUCUUAACUGUAAUGUGAUUAUUUCUUUCCUGCAUAUUAUAUUUUAAUAUAAUAUUUUCAGCUAUAAUGGUACACUAGAUGGAAGUAUAGAUGUUAGAAAGCUGGUGCAAAUUGAAGAUUUUUUAUGUAUGUUUGUAUCUUUGAGCAUAAACUCAUUUUCACAAGGGCAUGUUUUACAACAUUGAACAAGCAUUACUAACAAUUAGUAUGUCCUGAAAUUUUCAAACAUUUCACAUGAAAUCAAUAUCAUUCAAAAGAUUUUAAUUCUGGUAGCUUUGUCUUAUUAUACAAAAUUAGCAACAAUGAGAAAAAUAGUUAUUUUAACUUUUGCUCUCAGUCCAACAGUGACUUUCAAUUAUUUGAUUAUGCUUGAAUGACAUAACCAUUCAAGAAAAGGCAUUUGUGGAAACAGGCAAGAUCUUGCUAUGGCUUCUGAUGAGUAUCUUCAACAGAGGAUUUUAUUGCUGUUGUUACUGAAUUUUUGUGGGACUCCUGCUUCAGAUUUUUGUAUAUUUUUUUCCAAAUAUAUUCAGUUCAUAAAUACAGAUCUUAUAGAAAUGAAUGUGACCUGCAGGUCUGAUCCCCAUUUUACAAAUCUUUUUCUGAUCCAGAGAUACAAGGCUGCUAGAACAGCAUUUCUCCCCAGGCUGAACUUUAUCUUAUUUUCUCAAAUAAUUUCUUCUUCUUUUACAUACUGAAUUCCUCUCCAAAUACAGGGGAGUGGUGGAGCUCAUAAACUGCUUUUGACUGCAAAAAACUGAGAGUAACAUUAAGCAAAUAGUGAUUCUUAGAAGAUAUUUAAGACAGAACACGGGUCACAGAGGAACUCUAAUAUCAAUAUCCACUCAUUAACAAACAAGAAACUGAAAUGUAGGCAUAUUACACAGCCUGUUCCACCCAAACUCCAUGCACAUAAUGGAAUAACAUGAUUCUUUCAACUCAAACAGAGGGCACUUCAAAAUUUCCUCAUAAACUUACUGUUUAUUAAAUA